ACGUGUGAAAGGCAGGGUGUAUUGACCCUAUGGUUGAGAUGGGGAACCAGUGGCUGACAGCUGACAAGAGCAGCAUAUCUCUCUGACCCUCCACUUUUCCAAUUUUCAUCACUCAGUGAGCAUCUGAUGGGCAUUUCUUGCCUUCAAGAAACAAUUUUUUGUCAAUGGGUUUUAGGCUAAACCUCAAAUGGAGUGGUCUUUCAGUUCAAUCCCCCUUCUCCACAAGUACAUCGUCUCUGCCUUACACAUACCCUUGUAGAGGCAGAGAUACCUCCUACAUCUUGGCGAGAUUGUCUGCUUCAUCAGUUUUAUAUGGAGAGACUGAAACACUUAAUGAUGCUUCCAGAGUACAUGUUUGUUCUUCGUCCCCUCAGCUUUUGGAGAAUUAUUACUUGGGAACUAGAGAAACAAAGGUUGCAGUUGGGAAGGGCUCGAGUGAUGGUUUAUCAAGUUUACUUGAAAAGCACAUUGAAACAUCUAACAGCGAGGAUAAGUUGGCGUACCUUACUAGCUUACAAGCAACCCAAUUAUCGCAGUUCAGAUUAUUAAUGAAAAAUCUUGAUAUGUUGGAAGACAUGUUUUCCGAUUCUAAUGUGGUAAGGUUGGAAAGAGAUAUUCUGGAGCAAUUAGAAAGACUUGGAGCUUUAAGAUUGUUCUAUUCAUGUCUAUCCAGGACCCUGAAAUCCUCAACUUCUUUUGAUUUGUCUAAUGCAACAACUGAGCUUGUUGAAGAGCCCAAGGUAAAUGAUUCAGUGGAUAACCAUGUAGGCGAAGUUGUUCGAUCUGGAAGAAAAGAACUCAGAAAAUUGAGGAGAAAAAGAAUGUUGGAUAAGGAAAGUGGUAUUACUACGCAAGAAUUGCCUACAGUAACCAUUUCAAAACAGCAUAAAUAUGCCUCUGCUAGAAGAGCUUCAAGAUCUAGAAAUAAAAGACAGAGAAUUGCUAGAAACGAGGCAGAAAUGUCGAGUGGAGUUAAGUUGGUAGCAGAACUGGAAAAAGUCAGGACGAUACUGGAAGAAGAAACUGGUCAGGUAGCUAGCUUGAGCAGCUGGGCAGAAGCUGCUGGAAUUAAAAAGAAGGAAUUGCAGCAGAAUUUGCAUUAUGGUUGGCAUUGCAGGGACGAGCUUCUAAGAAGUACACGCUCCUUGGUUUUGUUUAUUGCAAGAAACUAUUGGGGACUUGGAGUAGCCUUUGAAGACCUUAUUCAGGCUGAAUAUUGUUCACACAAAAAACCUAAACUGGAAUUCGUGCUGUUCAUAGAGCAUAGUUGGAACGCAGGAAAUAUAGGGGUCUUGCAAGGUGCAGAAAGGUUCGAUCAGUCAAGGGGAUACAAAUUCUCAACCUACGUCCAGUACUGGAUUAGGAAGUCAAUGUCAACACUGGUGGCGAGACAUGCCAGAGGAGUCCGAAUUCCUUGCACUUUAAGCAAGGUUAUAAAUCAAGUACAAAGAGCACGCAAGGCCCUUAGCACCAGCAACGGGAAAUAUCCAGAUGACUCUGAUAUUGCCAAGUAUACUGGCCUAUCCAUAGCUAAAAUUAUGUCGGCUAGCAAAUGCCUCAGAGUUGUGGGAUCUAUAGAUCAGAAAAUAGGGGAAGCAAUCAGUGCAAAGUAUAUGGAAAUUGCACCUGAUACAUCGAUACUGAGCCCAGAAGAAACGGUGAUCCGACAACACAUGAUAAACGACGUUCACAGACUUCUUAAUGGGUUGGAGCCAAGAGAGAAGCAGGUUUUGAUACUAAGAUUCGGACUAGGAAACCGUCAGUGCAAAUCGCUGGAGGAAAUCGGGAGGCUGUUUUGUGUAAGCAAAGAGUGGAUAAGAAAAAUAGAGAGGGCAGCUCUUGCAAAGUUGAGGAAUGAGGAUUCUCUCAAAAUUUUGAGCCAUUAUGUAUAUAUGCAAUAAGUGGGAAGCUGGUCUGAGUAUAACUGAGUUACAGAAUUGCUGCUUUUCAUGUAGAUUUGUUACUUGCAAAUAUGAGUUCUUUGGUGUAGAAACAUUUCAUUUUGUUUUCUUCUGUGUUUGGAUUGGUAUGAUCUGAUGGGUAAAGGAGGAAUUGGAAUCUCUCUCUGCUGCCAUUUUA